UCAGUGCAAUAUAUUACAUGCAGUGUGAGACGACAGGAAGUGACAUGGGAGAGAGAAGGGGGUGGGGUCGGGAUAGGACCUCCAGCUAUGACUUGAACUUGGGUCGCCUGAUGCGCAACUGCGCCACAUGUUGGAGCACUGCCCACGAGGCCACAUAUUAAAAUGCGCUGUUUUUGUUCAUGUAGCCACAACAAAUUCCUUGUGUGCAUGAUAACUAUUUUAUUGAUUGCCAAAUAACAGUUUAUCUGGAAUUUUCUUGGUGUGCUCAACCACAAUUAAUUCAUGAAGACAACAAAAGCACAUUUUUAACAUACGUACAUGCAUUAAUUAUCUACACCAUUAUACAAGGUGAUAUACAGAUGCUCAAUUAUGCUCCUUCCUCCAAAGGAAUGACAUCAAUGAAGAAUUCCAGUCUGGAUUUAGAGCAUGUCACAGUACAGAGACUGCUUUGAUCAGAGUUACAAAUGAUCUGCUAUUGGCGUCUGACCGAGGUUGUAUCUCGUUAUUGGUGCUGCUAGACCUUAGUGCUGCAUUCGAUACCAUUGACCACAGCACACUCCUACAUAGACUCGAAAAUUAUGUCGGCAUUAAGGGAAUAGCUUUGAAAUGGUUUAAAUCUUAUUUAUCCGACCGUUUUCAAUUUGUAGCAAUAAACAAUGAGGUGUCACGCAAAUCGCAAGUCCAGUACGGUGUACCACAGGGCUCAGUCUUAGGGCCUCUGCUCUUCGCAUUAUACAUGCUACCUCUAGGAGAUAUAAUAAAGCGACACGGAGUUAGCUUUCACUGUUAUGCUGAUGAUACUCAACUUUAUAUUUCCUCGAAGCCUCAUGAAACACAGCAGUUCCAUCGAAUAAUGGAAUGCAUAGUCGAUAUAAAAAACUGGAUGAGUAACAACUUUUUAUUACUGAACUCGGACAAAACGGAAGUGUUACUUAUUGGACCGAAAACUGCUAUAAGUAACAACCAAGAAUACUGUUUAACUAUUGACGGAUGUUCCAUAAAACCCUCGUCGUCAGCAAAGAAUCUUGGCGUUCUAUUCGAUAGUAAUCUGUCAUUUGAGAGCCACGUCGCCAACACCUGUAAAAUUGCGUUUUUCCAUUUUAAGAAUAUAUCUAAACUACGUCAUAUGCUGUCAAUCGCAGAUGCAGAGAAGUUAAUUCAUGCAUUCAUGACAUCAAGACUAGAUUACUGUAAUGCACUGUUAGGUGGUUGCCCUGCAGGCUUAUUACAAAAACUCCAAUUGGUCCAAAACGCGGCAGCUCGAGUUCUUACACGUACAAAAAAGUAUGAACAUAUUAGCCCGGUUCUGUCAACCUUGCACUGGUUACCUAUAAAGCAUCGCGUUAACUUUAAAAUCUUGCUUAUUACCUAUAAAGCCUUACAUGGUUUAGCUCCUCAGUACUUGAAUGAACUCCUUUUGUAUUACAGUCCUUCACGUGCAUUACGCUCUCAGGCGUCCUGUCAGUUGGUAAUACCUAGAAUUUCAAAAUCAAGUGCAGGUGGUAGAUCCUUUUCCUAUCUAGCGCCUAAACUUUGGAAUAGUCUUCCCUGCACUGUCCGGGAGGCAGACACACUCUGUCAGUUUAAAUCUAGACUAAAGACGCAUCUUUUUAAUCUUGCAUACACUACUCUUCCAUAAUAUAAAUCUUCAGAGGGUUUAGGCUGCAUUAGUUAGAUCAACCGGAACCAAAAACACAACUGAUGUACUUGUUGCAUCAAAGAGUACAGAACAGUACUCUACUCUCAGCCAGUCUUGUCUCAUUGUUCCAAGGUUACCACAGCGAGCAGGAUGCAGUUCAUGGCCUGACCUGAUGGUAGAGCGGAGAAUGGGAAGUGGGGACCUGACAAGAGCUGAGAUGAUAGAGCUGGAUAAAGAAGGACGCGGUCUCUUGACAUGUCUUCACCACAAAACUUCAAAUGCUAUUAGAUUAUUAAUGAUAAUCUUAAACUAUAAUUUAUUUUAUUAUUAAGUUUAUUUAUUUUAUUUAGCCUUGUUGUGCAAGUUCUCUGGAGCUUGUGCAGAGGCAGCAGCUUUUGCCAGAGGGGAACUGGAAUCCCCUGGUUGGGCCUGGGUUCUCCUGAGGUUUUUUUUCUCGAUUAGAGUUUUGGGUUCCUCGCCACCGUUUGCAUACUGUUUUUGCACUAUCUGCCUGACCGGGGGGGCUGCUUUAGAAUCUUAAAGUUUUACUUCAUUAAUAUUGCAUAUAGGAAUUUAUUAUCUGCUAUAUUUGACCUGUGCUUCUCUCUCCUUUAUCCUAAAUGUGUGCUCUCACUGAGCGUGUGUGUGUGUGCGUACUUGUCUGUGUACGUAGGUGUGUGUGUGUGUGUGUGUGUCUCUGUGUCUGUGUGUGUUGGUGUGUGUGUGUGUUGUGUGUGUGGAGUGUUUUGUGUGUGGGUGUGUCUGUCUUCUGUGUUUUCAACCUUUUCUUGUUUUUGCAGGUACAACUUUGAUUGUUUUGCUUGUAGUCAAUGUGUCUCAUGUACAGCUGCUUUGUAACAAUGAAAACUGUAAAAGCGCUAUAUAAAUAAAGUUGAGUUGAGUUGAGUUGAGAUGCAACGAAACCAGAUGAGUUUAGGACACGGACCAUCAUACAAUAGGGUACCAUUCAAGAAACCUGAAGACCUAGUUUUAAUUGUCCUAAGGCGUCUGCUGAGGGUAAAGGAAUGGGUAGAUAUCUGGCUGGAUGCGUGGAAUCUCUCACAACUUUUAAACCCUUUUCUGCAAACGUGAGACAUACUGUAAAUGUCACCAAUCAUGGUAAGAUCAUCACAGCCUAUGAAAGACAGCACCCUUUCUAUGAAAGCUCUGUAGAAUCGGCCCAUACCAACUUUAAAUCCUCAGAAUUUCUUUAGUUGUCUUCAAAAAUAUUGUCUCUAGUCUGGUGAGAUUUCUUAAUAAUGCCUUUCAAGUUGUCUUGCCACUUCCAACUAUGCAGAUAUUGUGGUUCCCAGAAACUUAACCCUCUCAACAAUCUCGAUGGCCUGGUCAUUAAUAGUUUAUGGCAUCCUAGCAUUUUUACCCCGUCGAAAGUCCAACACCAUUUCCUUUGUCUUAAGAACCUUCAAUUUCAAAUUGUGGAUUUGGCUCCAUUCAACCAAUGUAGAUACCUCUCUCGUCUAUAGUCAGUUUCAUCAUUAUCAGUUAUUAAACCAAUUAUUGUAGUAUCAUCUGCAGACUUGAAGAUUGUAAAUGAUUCGCAAUGUGUACAUGGAAUAUAGCACUGGAGACAAUACACAGCCUCCCACACUCCAAAUCAUGUUAUUCAUUUUGACAACUUAUGAUCGGCACUGUAAAAACUCCAAAAUCCACAGAGCAAGAGAAGGAAUUUAGCAAAGAGUCUGAUUGGGAUGAUUGUAUUAAAUGCAGAUUUGUAAUCAACAAAAAGAGCCCUAACGUAAGCGCCGGGAGUCUCAAGAUGUUGAAGAAUUGAGUGAAGACACAGAACAACAGCAUCAUCAAACCGACCCGAUGAGCGAAAUGAUGAGAAUCCAAACUAACAGUUGUAAUAACAUUUUUAAGAACCAAUCCUUCAAAGAUUUUCAUUAUGACCGAUGUCAGGGCCACUGGUCUAUAAUCAUCCAAGCAGCUAAUAUUCGGCUGUUUCGGCACGGGAAUAAUUAUAGCUGCCUUAAAACAUGUUGGAACUCUGCACACUUUUAACGACCAAUUAAAUAUUCGAGUCCGGUUCGGGGCAAGAGUCUAGGUAAAGUUGCAGGAGAAACAGCGUCAGGACCGGCUGCCUUUCUACAAUAGAUGCAUACUUGACCAAUAAAGCCUAUUCUGAUUCUGAUGCUGUGAUGUGAAGUUUUUCAAUCAAAUGUGUUCUUGUGAUUGGAGUGGUGUUUUAGGAUCAGUGUGGCGUCUUCUGUUUUUUAAAGGUUAAUAAACACACGCUCUCUUUGUUCAUUCAUGUCACUUCCUUUUAGAAAGGAAAGUCAAUGUGCCAAAAAGUAGAAAACUGAUAUUGAGCUAAAUAAAGACAAAAAAUUCUGGAAUAAAGUUGCACACUCAUUCGAGUCUGGCGACAGUUUCUAUGUUUCUGAUUGGGUGAUUUUGGGUGUCGUUCUUGAAAUCCAACGUACACGUGUUCACCUCACUGCGUGUGUGUGAUUCUUCAUGUAUCUGUUCUCAGAGAAUGACAACAGCAGGUCUGUGCUGUGACAUCAUCAGUGCUGCCUUCAUACUGAAGGACGGAUACAAAUCUCCAUGGCAACAUGAACGGUAAACCCACAGCAGAGGGAGACCCUCAGAGCACCGUGGUGUCCGUGUGUGUGAGCUGCGUGAUUCUCUGUGGUGCUGUAGAGACAACAUCCCGACUUCACUGCACUUCAAACACAACUGCUGAAGAAAUACAUGUAAACAUGAUUCAUGUAGAAGUAUGUGCGUGUGUGUAUGUGUGUGUCGCCAUCCUACACUAGUGAGCUCUCUCGCUACCAACUGCCCGCACGCACGCACGCACACACACACACACACACACACACACACACACACACGCACGCACGCACGCACGCACGCACGCACGCACACUAAAGCUCAGAUAGAGGAGAUGAAAACAUCAUAAA